CAAGAGCGUGUUUGUGACGUCAUUCAGAGACACGUCAACCACACGGAAGAAGGAUUCUGUCCCAACUGCACCUGCGUUUGUCACACAAGGAGCACAGUCCUGACGACAUGGGUGCUUUGUUUAGUAUUUUCUCUGGCCUUUUUGGCACCAGAGAGAUGAGGAUUCUAAUCCUUGGUUUGGACGGUGCUGGAAAAACAACCAUUCUGUACAGGCUACAGGUUGGAGAGGUGGUCACUACAAUACCCACAAUUGGCUUCAACGUGGAGACAGUCGCGUAUAAAAACCUGAAGUUCCAGGUGUGGGAUCUGGGAGGACAGACCAGCAUCAGGCCCUACUGGAGAUGUUAUUACUCAAACACAGAUGCAGUCAUUUAUGUCGUCGACAGCAGCGAUCGUGAUAGAAUGGGCAUCUCCAAGUCUGAGCUGGUGGCCAUGUUGGAGGAGGAGGAGCUGAAGAAAGCCAUCUUGGUGGUGUUUGCAAACAAACAGGAUAUGGAUCAGGCAAUGACGCCCACCGAGGUGGCAAACGCUCUGGGCCUUCCUGCCCUCAAAGACAGAAAGUGGCAGAUCUUCAAGACCUCGGCCACAAAGGGCACAGGCCUGGACGAGGCAAUGGAAUGGUUGGUGGAUUCCCUGAAGAGUCGGCAGUGAAUCUCGCCCUCCCUCUCUGUAUAUAUUCCUGACCUUGGACCCAUCUACACGACGCCCUGUGACCGACCACAGUCCCUUCCCCCGUGUCUCAUUUCCCUUUGGACCAUUGAUUGCACUCCUUUGCUCUCUUCCUGUCGUUAUACCCACCUGAAGUGUUGGCCAAUUCCUCCAAAUGCCUUCCAUGCGCUGAACUGACAAGCAAGGGCUGCAGUAAUGCCUGGACUGAAUUCACACACACACCAGGUCCAAGUGAAGGUUUUUAGAGCCUUAGGGCUGCAGUGAUGGACAUUUUUGUAUAUUUAGGAAAUGCAGUCAAAUGUCAGUUGAUAGUUGAAUGCCGUCUGUGGACAAACUGAUGAUUUUGUGUAACCAUUUGUAACUGUGUCAGCAAUUAAGUUAUUGUAAAUGAAGUGAAAAAAGUAAAUGAGGCUCUGUAAAACAUUUGUUCGCUCAUCAGUGUCUGAAAAUGUAUCUGAAAGCAGGAGUUCUUCACUGGACCUUGCACCAUGGAGCCAAAGCUAAUAACAGCUAAGUUAUGGAGAUUUAUCAGGAGGCAGAAUUCAUUAAAGUACAAAUACUGGAUGUCAACAACUAGAAUUUAAAACUAAUCAGUGAGUGGUUUUAGCAUGCUUCAUGACCAUGGUUAGUGCAGAAAAUAACCCCAGCCUUGAAUAACACAGCUAGUAAAUAAUUAGCUGACCUGGUUAAAAUGUUCUAAAAGAUCAAUUUAAAAAGAAUUUGACUUCAAAGUGACCAAAAAUGCAUUUCCCUAUAUAUGUGUCCUUAAGUCAGGUGUUACUGCAGCAUGGGCUGUUUUUAUAAUUUAGUCAGACAAAAGAAAUUACAUGGAAUUCUACUUUUUGUUAGUUUGUGUCGUUCAUGUAUUUUCUUUCUUUUUUUUAUUCUGUCAUGGUUAGUCUUUUUUUUCCUCAUUGAAUUGAACAGCUUUGGCAUAUUAGUAAUGUAGUUACUGAACACUAACUGUAUGCUGAAAAUUUUAUGGUGACAUAUUUAUAAUUGCUUGUACAGUGAAAAUGAUUCUCAGUAAAGAUUGAUAUUAAGUGAUUGUACAA